AUGGGUUCAGAAACCACUCUUAAGCUUCCAGUCAUUGACUUUAACAAUCUUGACUUGGAUUGCAAAAACUCUAAGUGGGAGGAAGUGAAAUACCAAGUCGUCAAAGCACUUAACGAGUAUGGUUGCUUUGAGGCUGUGUUUGAUAAGGUUCCUUUAGACCUUCGCAAAUCCUUAUUCGUUGUGCUCAAAGAACUAUUUGAUCUGCCUCAUGAAACCAAGCUACGAAAUGUGCACGAAAUCCCUUAUUAUGGUUAUCUUGGAAAGGGACCUAGAAGUCCACUGUACGAGAGCAUUGGCAUCGAUGAAGCAAAUAUCCUUGAGAAUGCAGAGAGCAUGGAAAAAAUCUUGUGGCCUGAAGGAUACCCAAGUUUCAGCAAAGUUGUGCAGGCUUUCUCAGAGAAGCUAUCAGAGCUGGAUCAGAUUUUUAGGAAGAUGGUUCUGGAAAGUUUAGGAGUUGAGAAGUACCUGGACGAGCACAUGAACACAAGCAAUUAUCAUAUGAGGGCUAAUCAAUACACGCCGCCUCAAACUGAAGAAGAAAAGAUGGGUGUAAGCCCUCACACAGAUGGGGGCUAUGUAACCAUACUGCACCAAAAUGAAGUUCAGGGCUUAGAGGUUGAGGCCAAAGAUGGAAAAUGGAUCAAGCCCUCCCCUCAUAGUUUUGUUGUCAUGCCUGGCGACUGCUUCUAUGCUUGGACAAAUGGAAGGCUCACUGCGGCUUUUCACAGAGUGAUGCUGAGAGGAAAUGGGAAAAGAUACUCGGCAGGAUUGUUCUCAAAUCCAAGAAGAGGAUACAUUGUGAAAGCACCAGAUGAGCUGGUGGAUGAGGAACACCCUCUUCAAUUUAAACCCUUUGAAUUUAUUGAGUUUCUUGACUAUUACCACACUGAAGGUGCCAGGGAACACAGAAUUCCUCUCAAGGCUUAUUGUGGUGCUUGAUUUAAUUGCCUCUAAUGUUCUGAGUCUAAAUUAUUAUAUUGUAUAAUAAAAUAUUGUAUGUUGUGCUUUACUGAAAAUAAAGACGAAUAAGAUAUUGUCAGUAGAGAGAGAUGAGUUGUGUCACAGGCGCACACACGCGCACACAUAAGUGAUGAGUUGUGAUAUGAUACU